CUCCUAAGAGCCGAUCUACAUGUGGACCAGUAGUCAGUAUACUCGGGGAGCCUAUGAAUACCCAUCUCCAGUAUUAUGCCAAUAAAUAUCCAGAUCUCGUCUCUAUGUAUUGGAGGCUGCAUUUCUAAAAUGUUAUUUAAGAUCUAACUAUAUGAAGCUCCGCUUGAAUAUUCGAAAAGCCCCUAUCGAAGUUAGUAUUGUAAUGACAAAGGCAGGUGUCAUUGUAAGCACUACGAAACAAAUUAUUGCAAUAAACUUUCUGUAACAAUAUUUCGUCUUUCUGGAGAUUCAUUUUCAUAGUAGACAAUGCACAGGAUACCUUACCAAGCCAUUUGUGAUAAUAUGUACAACUGUCCAGAAAAAAGCUACAAGAAUGUUAUUGCUGUAAAGAAGUAACUAUGUUUGUAACUAAUUCGCUUCCCUUUCAUUGUGAGGAGCUGCACGACACUCAGGCAGGUCACAGCUACAAUUGAGUACACUGUGAAGAAUACUCUUGGUGCUUGCAAUGGAAGUAUCGUCCAUCUUGUACAAUGACAGUAACGAAUGGACGCAGAGAGAGAUCAGCUGUGAGAAGGCCCUCAGGACCAGCUGUUCAAUAGCAAGAACCAUUGUAUUACUAAUACAACCAUCAAUGGAGUUUCAGCCUGUUUGGAAAAGACUGUCAAACAAACAUGUAUGUAUUGGACUGGACAGAGGAUGAUUUUGACAACCACCAAGUUGUGUACUACAAUGAUGGUAUUGAUGACCAGCCUCGAAUGCUGCACGAUUUUGGAGCAAUAAGAAAAGACAUGAAAAUAUUGGCAGUGAUACUUCAUCAUUCGCACUUUCGAAGAGCCUCCCCUUUAAGUGAGGAGAGAGAGGCGUGCCGACGGCUACCUGAGGGUGUUCAAUGCCAACAAUGGCUCCCUACUCAGAUCCGUCUUCCUGUCAACUGCUGUUAGCUAUCGGUACGGCUGACUACCUCCAUAUGAUACAAGUAAAGUCAAUACAGUUCAGUAGACAGCUGACACGACAAAGGGGUGUGGCUAACGAGUACACCUCCUCACGUCUCCUGGUCGUUGCUGUGUUCAAAGUCCACCCACUCGAGCUGGUGGCUUGUCUCUCAGUGGACAGAAAGAUAUUUGGUGGUGACAUUCAGGAUGCCUCACUCAACCAGGAUGUGUUGGUGGUGGCCCACAGCACGGGGUACUACCGGAUGUACAGUCUGCCAUGGAUCAUUAAGCAUUACAGCGUGGUCAAGGCCACCCUCGGAGAGUGGGUGGAGCUAGGAGGCACAAGGGCCGGAGUGAUGGGCUUUGGGGUGCCACUCACCUUGAACAUUACUGAGCGCCCCCCGCUGCUGUUUGAGGUCAGGAGUGGCUCUGAGCUGGGAGUAAGCUUCGGAGGAUCCCCAACAGUCUACUUAUACAACCCCUCCCCCAAAGACAACAGCGUCUUCUUCCUGCGCUCACUGCAAAGUGGAAAACUGGUUGCUAAGUUCAGUACAGACACUGUAGCAUUCCAUCAAGAUGUGGUGGACUUUCACCAUGACGAUUAUCUGAGGAUCAUGCACAUCAGUGGCAGCACAGUGAGCUGCUAUCAACUGGUAGAAGAGGGAGUUGUGAAACUUUACACUACCGACUUCAGGUCACUGUCAAAGAGGAAGGAAAUUGCAUCCCACCUCUUAGGAGUGCCAAGGACUCCGUCUAUGACAGAGAUGAGGAGACGUACAUUGCUCAAGCUAGGGAUGUUGUGGUGAAUGAGCUUGAGGUGGAGAAGCAACAAGCCAAUGCCUAUAUGCCAUCUGGAAGGAGCAAGAUCGAGAGACUAGUAAUGAGCUGAAUGCCCUCUCCCAGUACAACGACACUGCCUAUUAUCCCAACACGGACACGUACUUCAACACCAUCCAAGUGCAGGACUUCUUCAAGGCCAACAUUCAGGAGUCUCUCCAAGAACUAGAGAAUUACAUCAUUAAUUUAUGUCACCCCUGACAAGGUUAGGGUUUAGGCUACUAAAAAUAGUUAUGUUAACACUGCUAUCACUGAACAGCUUUAUUGUCAACUUGCAGUGAGGUGCAUGCUUUAGUUUGGGCCAAAUGAUGUUUUUAGCUGGAUGCCUGAGUAACGUACCCCAUCCAUCCUGUAUAACCUUGUGUUCUGAAGCUGCUUCAGCUACUCGUAGUCUCUGUAUGGCAUACAUUUGGGUCAACACUGUAAACACUGUGAACACUGGCAUGACUGCGAACACUGGCAUGACUGGCAUCACUGCGAACACUGGUAUCACUGUAAACACUGCAUGUAAUUAUUGCGUAGGUGGGACUCUGUAAUUAUUCACUCUUUAUGGAUCCAUCUUACAUGAGACAUCAACCUAAAUUUGACUAUAGUCAAUAGCAAGCCAUAUCGUCUAUCUUUUUGGGUGCUGGUGAUCUGCCUAAACCCAUUCUACACGCCCAUUGGAGCUUGUCUCUACACCUGGAAUAAGAAUGGGCACUCAGGGGGCCCUUUCGAGUUCCGCAUUGUGGGCGCACCCAGGACAUCCCCUAGCUGCAUGGGCGUGGCUGUCGCAAUGGUUGGGCGAGCCACACUCAUGCAGCUAGACAGCCCCUGAGGCCUUCAGCAGCUUCCAGAAAAUGUUGCAGCUAGAUCUAAAGUUCAUUUGUCUACAUUGUAUAUUGUUAUGGCCACUUCCUGCAUGACAGAAAUCAGGCCACACCACACUGCACCAGAGUGACUCUGACACUACACUGCACUUUAUUGACCAGAUCAGCACAAAUUAAAUCAUGAGAUCAUAGCAAACAAAAGCAGAGCCAGUGAGUGAGUGAGUGAGUGAGUGAGUGUCUAUACUUAUUACCUAUCCUUAUUACAGCUAGACUAUAAGAUCAUAAAUAUAUAUAGUCUAGUACUAUCAAAUGUUUUCCAAGCUCCAGUGUUGCUAUGCUGUGUGCUGUUUCUGCCUGGUGCAUUCCACUCUGUACAUAGCUCUGCAAAGUGAUUUGGUUAUCCUCUUUCUUUUCUACGUGGCAAAUCAUGCCCUGUACAGUUUGUUGAGUCUGACUCUCAUGCUGGUUGCCUACGCUGUAUGGUUGUAUCUUAACCCAGGCUCCCUAAAUCCCGUUGAUAUGGGUUCGUAUGACUGGGGAGAGGCUUCCAUCGCUGAACUUUCACUGGAUGAGCUUAUAAAGAAAGUCAGCAAGAGUAUUGGCAGGGACUGGAAACCACUAGCAAGAAAAUUGGAGUUUGAAGAGACCGAAAUCGAUGCAAUCGAAGAAAGAGAUCCAAAAAAUCUUAACGAGCAACUUGUACAUUUUUUUGACAAAUGGAAGCGUAUGAAGGGCAACCAUGCAUCGAACGAUGUGCUACUAGAAGCUAUAACAUCAAUACCUCUGUCAGUAUAAAAAAUAUGUGGUCUGACAAAAAUGGGUGUCUAUCAAUCAACAACUAUAUCACAACUACCUCCACCUAAGCCUCUCCAACUCCCUAGCUCUUUCACGACCCAUGGACUUGAACUAAUCGCCCAGGAAUCCAACGUUGAUUCAAACAAUAUUGAAUUUUCAUGGAAAGGACUCAAGCUAACAUUCAACACAGCUACAACAUUUACUGUGGGUGUAGUUGGGGCUGGUCACAUUGUGCUGCCGGACAACACAGAGCUAGUUACUGCACUCUACUAUAUCGGCUUCAAUACUGAGGAGGAAACUACCAGCUGUGAUGUUUGGAUGGAGCUUCAGCACUGUGCUUGUGUUGUUAAAGACUACUCUCAAAACACAAAGUUGCGAUUUGUUGUCACUCAGCUACCAACGAAAUUCUUGCCGUACAAACUUUCUUUGUGCACUGAGAAAAUGAGUGCUAUUUCUUCUCUUUCUGGUAUGGUACGCUUGCCCUGUCUAAGCUCAAGACACGGCUACCUGGUUGGUAUUGUGAAGCCUUGGUCGAGGUAUUUCAUAUUUGCAAACAGCAAUUCAAGAAGCAAGUACUAUCUGCGAGCUUUGGUUCAUUCAGUUGGUGAUGGUGAAUAUGAAAUGCAUAUUGUGGUUGUGAAGAAGGUGGAUCCUAUUAUGCAGAUGAUUGACAGCAAGUAUCCCCCGGAUCAGUUCGUCCGCUAUGGUGAGGUUGAGUUGACUCUAUUGGAGCACAGCCCCAAGCCGUUUUUUCAAAGUUCACUAACCAUCUCUAGCUUGACUACACUAUCCAAGAAUUGGAGAGGGUCGUUCAUAUCUUCCACUACUAUUCCUCGAUCCAGACUUGAGAGCCCCGAGAGCUACACAGAAUCUGCCACUCUUCCAAGGGUAACAGCUCACUUUAGACAGAACACCAGUUCUCACACAACAUCUCAUCUGGAAUGCAAGAUCAAACUGAGUGGAACAGCCUCUCCACACGCUUGCUCGAACCUAAUACUCAGGCGGGAUUGCUCUGCAUGCAUGAGAUAAGAUGAGUGGUUAACUGGAACCUCAGCCAUUUAAAGUAUCAGUGUAUCUCAACAAUCUCUACACAUCUGUAAUUAUAUUUGUCAGAUUUGCAUAUACAAAAAAGACUCAACAUGUUUGUAUAACAGUACAUGUAUCUAACAAUUGUGUAUAAUUACGCAAUAAUUAUGGCAAUAUACAUUAUUGUGUGCAUGUUUCUUAAA